AUGAAUACAUUUGAUUCGCUUCCGACAGGCCAGAGCAACGGAGCCAAAGAUAUUCAGUCCUCUCGGUCACCCACCAACACCGAUUCAGCUCUGUCCUCUUCCAUCGGCAGCGCCCGGUCCCACUCAAGCUCUUCCCGAACCCAUGCACGCACAUUGAACCAACAACAGAGCUCUCAGUUCACCGAGGCCACCCCGAUCAACGCGGGUGACCCCUUGAGGCACAACUAUAAAUCCACCGAGCAGACCGAAAGCUCCCAAACCAGGGCUCAACACCCAGAUAAUGCAAACACCAGCAAUGGCACCACCGCCAACCAGCCAAGCACUCAGGAGACACCCUCUGAGCCCAGGCAGUCCUGGUAUAGCAAAUUAGCAGAUCGCUAUGGCAGUCUGGAACUAGAAAACAAAGGCAGUGUUGCGCGCGAUCACCUUGCACUAGAGCGAACCUUCCUAGCAUGGAUGCGCACAUCUCUAGCCUUUGCCUCAAUUGGAAUCGCAGUAACCCAACUUUUCCGUUUGAACAGCGCGAACCAAGAUACAACUCCAAAUGCCUAUAAGAUAAACGAUGCCAACCCAGCCAUCCUCCCACCAAACCUCUCCUACGACUCAGCAGCAUUACACGCAUCCUCCGCCUCCUCCCGUCUCCGCAGCGUAGGGAAACCCCUCGGCUCAACAUUCAUCGGUGUCUCAAUCCUCAUUUUGGUAGUCGGUUUCCACCGAUACUUUGAGAGCCAGUAUUGGAUCAUUCGGGGCAAGUUCCCGGCCAGUCGUGGUAGUGUUGCACUUACGGCGUUUGUGGCUGCUGCACUGAUUAUUGCUGCGCUUGCGGUUAUCUUGGCUGUUUCGCCGGGUGCUGUGGAGGGUUGA